GAAACAAAAAUCUACAAAUUUAUUAUCUCCAUCUAACAAUGGGAAAUUGUCUAAAAUCUUCCAAAGAACAAGCUCCUCCAACUUCUCCAAAGCCUCUCACCAUCUCUCCAGUUCCAGAGCUAGAAAACGAGAAUCUGAGAGUCUUCAGCUCCAAGGAAGUGAAGAAACUAACAAAGAAAUUCGGAAAUAAUAGGCUUGUAGUUGAUAAUAAUGGUUUUGGUCGAUUAUUCUACCAGGGAUACGUCGAUGAGACCACAUAUUCUCCAGCUAAAGACGGAACAGGAAUCGCUGUUUCUGUCAUGCACUGUGUUCUACAUAGUUCAGAGGAACUAGAAGAGUGGAAGGCAGAAAUUAGGUCACUCGGAAAGAUUUCUCAUCCAAACUUGGUUAAACUCUUAGGCUACUGCUGUGAAAUUAAAGAAUCCCUCUUGGUUCUUGAAUGUUUCCACAAAGGAAGUCUUGAAGCUCAUAUUUUUGGAGAAGAAGAAACACUGCCUUGGGAAAUACGGCUUAAGAUAGCCAUUGGAAUAGCUCAGUGUCUUGCAUUUCUCCACACGGUCAAUAACAGAGCGUUAUCUCGAGAAUUCGGAAUGCAUGACAUUUUCCUUGACGAGCACUACAAUGCGAAACUGUUUUAUCUUGGAUCAAAGGAGCUACGUUUGUUUGAAGAUAGUAUCACGACCGCAUUCAUCGGAAGAACUGAUUACACACCUCCUGAAUAUGUAAUCUCAGGUCAUUUGGGGAUGAAGAGCGAUGUCUAUACACUUGGUGUGAUCUUGAUUGAGCUUUUAACUGGUUUAAAAGCUUUCCGUAAAGGAGUGAGAGACAUAAAAAGUGCAAUCUCGGCUAAACCUUACUUGUCCGAUAAGAAUAAAAUCCUGAGUAUAAUCGAUCCAAGACUUGGUAACGAUUAUCCUGUUAAUGCGGUUAGACAAAUGGGAAAACUCAUCAAAAGAUGUAUCAAACUGGACAUGAAGAAGCGACCAACGAUGCAAGAGGUUUUGGAUGGUUUGAAUGAUAUUGCAGAGAUUAAGGAUUAAAGAGUAAGAGUUGACAUUGAAAAUGUUCGAAGUUCAUUUGUAAUAAUCAUUUUCAACUUCAUCAAUACAUCAUUCUCGCUUGACAAGUUAGAUAUCUGCAAGAUGUAAUGGGAGAUUAGCCACACAAAAACUUUCCACUGCGGAUUUUGCUUGAUCAAAAACUUCAAACCCUCUUGCUGAUUGGAAGUUUAAGACUGCAUCCCUCUCACUCUCCAUGGUAGGACGAGCAUCACAGAAGCAUCAGAACCAUGAGCAUGCAUCUAAAAAUGUUAGAUCAAAUGUUAAAUAACUAUAUUGACGAGCAAUUGUGAAUAUUUAAUGUAUGAGUUGAAAGGCACAAAUUAACGGUCAAUAGACACAGAUGAGUUAUUUAUUUGGCUAAAGAAAACACACUGUUUUAUUUUAAGAAAAUUGACUGAUGUCUUUAUUUC